AUGCGCCUUCUGCCUCCCCGCGGAAUUAAAGAUCCCAUCGUCUGCCCCUGUCGCUUCCCGUGCCUCUGUAUUCCCUGCCCCGUGCUUGCGUGUCCUCCGCCCCGUAUCUCCGUGUUUCGCGCCCUUUGCUUCCCUAUUCCUUUUCUCCGAAUCUCCGCGCGCAGCAACGCCACGUCUGCCAAUCUCGUGGGGCCCAUCGACGCGCUCUCCACGCUCGACCAGCUGCAACGCCUCGAUCUGAGUUCCAACAGCGAGGUGAAGGCGCUGCCGCAGUCGUUCACCAAGCUCAAGAAGCUCAGCCACCUCAAUGUGAACGGCUGUUCUAUCAAGGGGCGCAUUCCGGCCUUCCUCGGCCAGCUCACUGCCCUCACAUACCUGAGCAUUGGUGAUAAUUCGUUUGAAGGUGCCUUGCCUUCCAGCCUCGGCAGCCUUGUCAACCUCGUCUUCCUCAACAUCGGUGGAACAGGGGAGGACGGUGUGGGAGGGGCCUUGCCGGCCAGCUUUGCCAAUCUGACGAAGCUCAAAGAGCUCUAUCUGCACAACAACCGCUUCAGUGGGCCGCUGCCGGACUUCAUCGGCUCUUUCACCAAGCUAGAGCAGCUCAUGGUAAGCAAGAACCGCUGGGAGGGUGCCAUUCCCAAGACCUUUUCCAAACUCAAGAAGCUCAGACUCCUCGGGCUGAUGGAGACAUCACUGGAGGGCGAGAUUCCAACGUUCCUGGGCGCACUAGAGCACCUCACAUACCUCUCUCUGUCUGACACGCGGCUGUACGGGGAGGUGCCCAAGGCGCUCAGCGGGCUUGCGAAGCUCAGAGAGCUGUACCUCCAGAACGCACUGUUCUACGGGCCAAUAUCUGGCCUGAGCACCCUCAAGCAGCUCACCCUCAUAGACCUUUCGAGCAACUACUUCUCGGGUCCCAUCCCGGCCUUCCUGCAGCGGGUCAAGAAAGUCAACGCGGCGGACAACUACUUCUCCGGCUCAGCCUCCUCCCUUCCCUGCUCCGACGACUUCUCCCUGGGCGGCAACUGCCUCGUCUCCGUGUCGCCCAAGUGCGGCGAGUCUGCCGCCCAGAAGAGCGCGGCCGAGUGCAACAAGUUCUGUGGGACGGCCACGGCCACGGGGGCGUGCAGCGGCAAGGGCGUGUGCGUGAUGGACGUGGAUCAGUCGCUUGGCUCACAGGCGUUCGUGCCUGCUUGCAAGUGCCAGGCGGGGUUCUGGGCUUCGCACAAGAAGCAGAGAAGAACAACUCUUGAGGCGCCUCAAAAGGCUCCUCAAAAGCCAGGCGGAGUACUGGGCUUGGCACAAGAAGCAGCGCUGCACCAAGAAAAACUCUUGAAUGGCUGCUACUAA